AUGAAUAAGUUAUAUAUUGAAUCGAUAAAGGUGUCGGCAGAAUUGAUCCCUAUUGACAUUUAUUUUCUCCUGAAGAUCGGUGAACAUUGUCAGUUUUCAAACAUUCUAAGUUUGUAAUAGCAAUCUCAAACAUGCAACAUGUGCAUUCAGUAUUAAGCCAGGGAGAAGUAGCCCAUUUCGAUUGAAUGUUGGGCAUAUGACUAGCAUUUAGUACCUAAGGCAUUCUUCGGCAAAGAAACAUUGACGAAUACUACACGCAAGAUCACAUUGGAUGGAAUGGAGAUUUAAAUUCGGCAAUCUCAAUAGGAAAGGAGCAGAACCCCAGAGAUCGCUAUGAAAAGAGAUGCCUCGCCCUUCGGUAGGAGAGAUUUAACUCCGAAAAGAGAGAAAAAAUGA